AGCCCUUUUCAGUUGAUGUUUGACCACGCACACUGUUUCUGUUCAUAGGAUCACUUCAAUGUCGCAGACUUGUUUGUUGAAGAUGAAACGUAUGUUUCAAGAAUGGAUGAAUGUCGUGGGAGAAGUAAAUCUCACUCAAGGGGAAUUUAGAACGAAUCAAAGAAACAAACCUGCGUUGCCUUCGCUCAUACGAAUUGCCAUGAAACAAAUGCGCAUCUGCAGUACCGUUAUCAAUGAGCUUGCGCUAAAGCGAUCCGAGGAACUUACUUGGAUCCCAGUUGUCUCUUCUGAAUUUUUGAUCACUUUGAAGGAAUUACUGCAGCAGGACACGCCUGCAUCGCAAUCUCAGGUUUCGCAAGUUGAUCUCUUGUCUCAAGCCGUCACGCAACUGAAUUCUGUUCGACCCCUUGCGAGACGUUUUGACUUGGACCCUAGCGAAGAUAGCAGUGUAGGUGGAUUGAAAACAUACGUUGUGGAAGUUCUGUCUUCCCUUGACGCAUUGAUGACUGAGGAAAGCCAUGGAGAAUCUUUUCGGCACCUUAAGCAGGCGUUGGACAACGUUGAUGCGUUCCAGGCCUCGUUGGAUGAUACUUAUGCCAAGUUGCAAUUGUUUUUUCGAAGUGCAAUGAGAAGAUUGCGCACCUGUCACUGGAAUGCAGAGAAAUGUGAGACGCUGGUGUUAACGCUAAAGGAAGCCUGUACAACAUUUUGUGGCGAUUAUUAUGACAGUCUUGCAAUGCGAAUGUUGUCCAUUUUAAUUGAGCGAUUGACGCAUACAAGAAAGGAAUGGCUCUCUGUGGUUGCUUCGGAAACCUUCCGGAAAAUCGUUCGCAUUUUGAUCCAAGACGCCAACACUGGAUGCUAUACGUGGGAAUGUGUCGAGAACCUGAUCAAGUCGGGUGUAAACCUUUACAGGAUUGACGUCGAGAAGCAGGAAGAAUCGCCUGAAUUCUUAGAAGCUUUGAAGGCCCUCUUCAGAGUGACCUUUGAUGAAGCAACGGAAUCCGUGGAAAUCAAACGCAGAAUAGUUCAAAUGCUAGCCUUUCGAGAAGUCACUCGAUUCUUCGCCCCGAAAUUAUCGAAAGAACGCUGGACCGAACUGUUCGAUUUUUUGUUGUCCCAAUUGCAUCAAGUAGCUGGAUUGACCAUGAGAGAAGACGUGGCCUCAACAGCCAAAACCGAUUGGCUCAACGUUCAAAAUCAGACCAUCAUUGCUGGGUACAGUGGAUUGAUGCGAGUCAGCCCUGCCUUCCGUGCUUCGUGUCUCGUGGAACUACUUGCUUGGUGUUCCGAUCAUCCAGAAUUCAUCGUUGACGUUGAGGUGAACCUCGAUUUGCUAGUCGGAGAACUUCAUUACAGGUCUCGUCGUGGAUUCACCGACGCGUAUGUUCCACAAAUUGUCGACUUAUGGCGUGGAAGAAAGCGAAGGGCAUUACUUUCUAUUCCUGUAACACUCAUCGGAUUUACUUCUGUGAAAGAAUUCAUUCUUCGCUACUCCUGUGAAAUCGUCCCCACGCUGUGCCAAGAGAAUGCGGAAACCGAAUUGACGAGAAUUGCAGAUCUAUCGGGAAUGCAAGUUGAGGAAGUCCUUUCUUUUGCUUUGGAUCUGACGCUGAAGUCAGAUGAAGUUCGAAGUACUGUGUCUAGAAUAGACAGACUGAAGGCUUCUGUUAUCGCCAUCGUGGCUUCUCUGUAUCGAUGUCAAGACGUCUUGCCUGAUGAGACGGUUCCACAUUUGGAUGCUCGCCACUUUCCAGCUGAAAGCAGCGGAUCUGUUUCCGGUUCGCUGAUUUUACAGUGUUUGCAGAAAUUGAAUUCUGAUCUGAAACUGGAUGCGAAGCGAACAUUCUUGGAAAAUUUGUCACUCCAAUCGCCGAGUGAAGUUUUAAAAAUUGUUAGUAAACUCUACGACGAUUUGCUGGCAAGUGAAGGCAGUUGGGAGCGAUUCUUGAGAAGCAAAAGAUUGUUGAGUCUGAUGGACCAAGUUUCGAUCCAGAACCUGCAAACAGGGAAAUCUUCUGCCCUGAUUUCACAAGUAUUCCAGUCCAUAUUGAAGCAUGCCAUGAAGCGAUGCCUUCCUUCGUCGACUCUCGAUUCGUUUGAUGAAAAGACGAAAGAAAUUAUAAAGGCUAUGCUUUACAAGCUGUGUCCGGUCGAAGAACAAGCUUUUCUUAUUGAGGCUGAUAUUUUCAAUAAUUGCGAAAAGUUUGGAGCGGCGUUGAACGUUUUUUUGGAUAAACCAUUAAAUCACACCGCUCUGGAACAGUUGCAUGAUCAGCUUAUAAUGCCUGGAAAAGAUGCGUUGAAAGCUUUGUAUUCGAGGCUUAGAACAGGCGGAGGAGUAUUUUCUGAAGAAGCUGGUGUACUGCAGAAGUUGGUGAAGAUUCUGGCUAGUUUCUUGGCAACAGCUCCUGACGAUCAGGCCAAGCUGCUGGCGGCUCGUUGCUUGGGAACUCUGGGACCAUGUGAUCUUGGUGCCCUAGUUUUUGAAGAUGUAUCAGACGAAAAAAAUGUUUUUGAAAAGGAUGAUCUCACCUCAUCGAUGCAUUUUUGUUGCUUGGAAUUGUUGCUCAAUGAUGGGCUGUUUUCGGGCGAUCCUUCUGCAAUCGAACAAGCAACGGAUGCGUUGCUUCACAUUUUUUCCGACGCGCCAUAUUUGUGUCGAGAAGUGGUUGGGUAUGGCCAGUCGGGUCGUCCCCGUGCGACGAAGUUUCAUGAACUGCUGAUGCCGUUUAUUCAGAACCCGGAUGAAAAUUACUCUUCUGAGUCGGUUGAAUCGGAUGAUCAACAACCUCCGCGACGCAAAAUUAUGUUUAAAAUCGAUCCGAUUUCUUCUCUCAAAAGCCCGCUUUUGAGGACUACUGCGGACUUCGUUUCACGGUCCACAAAUGCCGAGUGUGUCAACAAAUUCUUUCCGGAUGCAAUUUUCUUCGCAUUGACUUCGUCGCUGGGUUCCCCUGGCGUUUUCAAGGAAGUACAAGCGUGUAUUGCCCGAGGGAUCAAUAAGUACCUAGAUUCUUACUUGGAAGCUUCUCGCCCUGAACGAAACGUUCAUGUAGUGGAUGCGUCUUCGGAUGCUCGAUCUGUUUCCAUUGUGAUAGAAACCGUCCGGAAAAUUAUUUCGCGGGAUCUCUUGAUGUUCCGCCCUGAAGGCAAACGUGAAUCGCAGCUUGCUCGACUUAGCGAGUUCACGCUUGUAUUGAAUCAGCUAGCUGCAGCACAAGCAGCUUUUGCUCAGGCUGCGUAUCUAACUUCAAUCAUGCUUUUGGAGCUAUGGUUCAGCAAGUUUUUGCGUAAUGGAAAACUGUCUUCGGAACACAAUCACUUGUGUGAGCAUUACUGUCCCAUUCGUUAUUCGAUGGAAAUCCGAGAACACGAGGCAAAGGUCGCUCAUGAGCUUCUCGUCAAGGCAUACCAGAUGAUCGGCGAUGAAGAUUCUGUUAAAGGCUGCAUUCAGAUCUUCACUGAUGAUGAAUCCAGUUCCAUGGAAGCAUUGGAACUAAGUGGUGAUUGGGAAUCUCUCUUAGCGUUUGGCGAUCGUUCGAAAGAAUUGCCAGGUGUUUUGAGAGCACUGCACAGUGCGAAGUUGUUCACCACGUUGUAUGGUGUUGCUCGGUCUGAACAAUCUUCGGAAGAUCCGGAUGUUAUCGGUCUCCGUUUUGAAGCAGCCUGGCGUCUAACCAAGUGGGAUGACGCCGACUUAUUGCUCAUUGAUGAUUACGUAGAGCCGAGCAACGCUGGAAACGCUCUCAUGGACGCGGGAUUUCACGAGCAUAUGUAUCGAGGUUUCUUGGAUUUUGUGAAAAGAAAUAAAGAAGGAUUCGAUUCAAAUGUGAACCAAGCGAUCUUGUCGGUCUGUAGUGACCCCGCAUUGAAAUCCCUAGAAGCAUGCGCUACAGUUUAUCCUGUGUUGGGCAAACUUCGAGCUAUUUUGGCGCUGGAGACAUCCUACAGUUUACUGGAGGAUGAGCCAGCCGCCGAAAAUAUUUUACGAUUUUGGGCAAAACAGGAUGAAAUUUCAUCGAGGCUGUUGGAAGGAGAGAUGUCCGCUGCUGUCCGAGUUGCUAGUUUGACUAGUGCAUUAAACUUGUCGAGUCCACAAUCGAGUUGCUAUGAAAAAAUACGCCAUGGACUUGUAAGAACUUUGUUGGCCGUAGCUGAAACCGCGUCAUCAGCUCGUUGGGGAGGAAUGGCGCUUCAGGCCCUGACCAUGGUGUCCAAGCAUUGUGGGAAGUCGGUUGCGUUGGAAAAACUGGCCUUCGAAGGAAAACUGCUCGAGGCUGGUGUGUGUCGUAUGACGAAUGCCAACGAUCGUGGGAAGAGGAUCCUGAAGAAUCUGAUUGAUCGAGAUAAUUUCAAGUUUCCCAUUCAUGUGGCCGCUGCGAAGAUUACUUACGGCGACUGGAUGUCUACAGCUUUGUCUGAGCCUCCGAAAAUUUCAAUAGUUACGUUGGAAGACGCGAUAAAUUUGUUGACGGAACAUUUGGAGGGAAGGUGUUCGGAGUCGAACGAUUUUGCGUCGACGAUAUCAACUGAUCGGCGUGCUGUAGAAGAUCGUCUUGCAGAUGCCUAUUACGUUCUGGGAAAAGUAUCCGACAACCGUUACCGUCAAUUAUCCACGCAAUAUCGGUCCGAUGAUUUCCAGGCCAAAAUCAGACGGGUCCGCGAGCUGAAAGAGACCGUAAAAACGAUGAAGUCGAGAUAUGUGCAACUCAGUCAACAGAGCCACUUCGUCAGAUCGCAUUUGGAAAAAGUGGCCGUGAUUGACGAAGUCGGGUGCAACCAGAUUUCUGCGGAAAUUAAUCUCGUAACGGCCACGGCAUUGCGGAGCUAUGGGCAGGCCAUGCUUCGAGCCGUGGAUGGCAAACACGACCUGAGGAUUUUCCGCUUCGUUGCUCUUUGGCUGUCUGCGAAGGGCGAAGCAAAUUGUUUGGCAGAAGCUGGGAAGAUUAUACAAAAGCUGCCGACGUACAAGUUCCUGCCGUUGUUGCCGCAAUUGGCCGCGCAAUUGAGCGCCGGCUCCGACGGCCUCGACACAUUCGCUGGCCAGCUGAGAAGUUUGCUUGGUGCCUCGUUUAGGAGAAUCAUCACGAGACCACAAAUCGCCGUGGUUCCCCCAGUGAUUCACGGAAAAGUUGACGUAGGAAUUUGUGCGAGCCUUUUCCUCACCUCGGGUCGUUUCAUCUCUGAAAAGUUGUGUGUUUGUUCGGUGUUCCUCUCGGCGUUGUUCAGCGACGUCGACUACGCGUUCCUUCCGCUCGAGACUUCGUCCUAA